UUAAUAUUUCAAUGAGCUUUGAGAAAAGUAUAUGCAGAUAUAUUGUCUAUAAUCAUCUUUUAAUAACUUUCUAUCUCAAAAAUAUAAUUGAAGUUAUCAUCCCAAUUUAUCAUAAGCCAACACUUUGUUAUCUAGAAAAUUUAAUACCAUUUUAGUCACUCAGAGAUCAGUGAUCAGUUGCUUCUUCCCAAAUUUCUACCAUUCAAAGCUUUCAGGUCAUAAUCGCAAAGGCAAACGUGAAUACAGUAGAUAUGGCUCAUGCAAGUGUGGCUUCCCUUAUGAGAACAAUAGAAUCGCUCUUGACAUUCAAUUCACCAAUGCAAUCUCUAACCUGUGAUCACAGAGAAGACUUUUCUGAUCUUCAUGAAAAGAUUAGUUCCCUCGAAGUAGUUGUCAAGAACCUUGAGAAAAACAAUGUUUCUGGGGAAAUGACGGAUUUUGAAGUAGAGGUAAAAGAAGUUGCAAAUAUUGUUGAACACACAAUUCAACUAAGAGUAACUGAAGUUGUAUUGGCAAGUGAUGAAAAUCUGAGAGAAAAGGCACAUGAGAGGCUUUCUGAUAGCCUGCAGCAAGUAGCAGAGGACAUUGAUUGUAUUUGGAAAGAGUCGACAAAGAUCCAAGAUAAAGGCAAACAAGUAUCAAAGGAAUCCUUGGUUCAUGAUUUUUCAAGUUCAACAGACGAUAUUCUGAAUGUUAACAAUAAUAUGGUUGGACGUGAUGAUCAAAUGAAACGGUUGUUAGAAGAUCUGACUACAUGCUACUCUGGUGAACCCAAAGUCAUCCCGAUUGUCGGGAUGGGAGGCAUAGGUAAAACAACCUUAGCGAAAGAAGUUUACAAUCAUGGAUCAAUUCUAUGCCGUUUUGAUGUUCGUGCCUGGGCUACUGUAUCUCAACAGCACAACAUAAAGGAAAUUUUGCUGAGCCUUCUGCAAUCGACGAUCAAAAUGGAUGACACGGCUAAGAUGAAAGGUGAAGCAGAGCUAGCAGACAUGCUGCAGAAAAGUUUAAAGAGAAAGAGGUACUUAAUUGUCUUGGAUGAUAUAUGGAGUUGUGAAGUGUGGGAUGGCAUGAGACGAUGCUUUCCGACUGAAGACAAUGCAGGGAAUCGAAUACUGUUGACUACCCGUAAUGAUGAAGUAGCUUGUUAUGCUGGUGUAAAGAAUCUUUCUUUGCGGAUGAGCUUCAUGGAUCAAGAUGAGAGUUGGAGUCUUUUCAAAACUGCAGCAUUUUCAAAUGAAGCAUUACCAUAUGAGUUCGAGACUGUUGGAAAGCAAAUCGCAGAUGAAUGUCACGGGUUACCACUAACUAUUGUCGUGGUUGCUGGACUUCUCAAAUCUAAAAGGGCAAUAGAUGAUUGGAGAAGUGUUGCUAAAGAUGUCAAGUCAUUCGUCACAAAUGAUCCUGAUGAACGAUGUUCACAUGUGCUUGGGUUGAGUUACGAUCACUUGACAAGCGAUCUAAAAACAUGUCUUCUGCAUUUCGGUAUUUUUCCAGAGGACAGUGAGAUUCCAGUGAAGAAUUUGAUGAGAUCAUGGAUGGCUGAGGGGUUCCUGAAGUUGGAAAAUGAUUUGGAAGGAGAGGCUGAGAAGUGUUUGCAAGAGCUUGUCGAUAGAUGUCUAGUCCUCGUCUGCAAGAAAAGUCUUGAUGGAACCAAAAUUAGAUCAUGUAAGGUUCAUGAUCUAAUAUAUGACCUGUGCGUGAGAGAAAUUCAAAGGGAGAACAUUUUUAUCAUGAACAACAUUGUGCUUGAUUACUCAGAUUCAGAAUGUCGAUUUGCCAGUAUGCAAAAAAUUCAACCCUUUAAACGCGUGACUGAUGGUAAAAUUGUUUAUUGUCCCUAUGGUGUUUGUAGGGCUAUUCUUACCCCUGUACAUCGUCAGUUGAGAGAUUAUGACAACAACGAUCUUUUGAGACGAACCCAUUCUAUUAUCUCUUUUCAUCGUAAGGAUUCAUUUUUUUCUCCUGUUCUCAAAUUAGAUCUUAUUCAUUUCAAAUUACUCAAAGUCUUGGAAUUGAAACGAGAGAUUGAUAAUUUCCCUAUACAGAUACUAAGCCUCAUCUGGCUGAGGUACCUAUCAUUGUGCUGCCGUGAGAAUUUAGACAUACCUCCAGAAAUUUGCAGAUUAUGGAAUCUGCAGACAUUAAUUGUUAAAGGGAAUCUCCGAUCAUAUGUAGGCAUUAAAUGUCCAGUGCAAAUUUGGGGACUAAUGCAAUUAAGGCAUCUCAAACUGCCCAGAUUUUAUUUGCCAGAUUGCCCAAGUGGAUCUGUUGACAAAAGAAGACACUUGGAUUUUUCAAACUUACAAACUAUUUCUUACUUGUCUUCGGGUUGUUGCACAAACGAGGUUAUUUUGGGGAUUCAAAAUGUUAAAAAAUUAGGAAUUAGACAAGAUGUGACUGACUAUGGAUGUUAUCGGGACUCUGGCCCUCUUAACAAUCUUAUCCAUCUGCAUCAACUUGAAACAUUGAGUUUUACAUGCUGUUAUAGUGAAACUUUUCCAGCAACACUCAAGAAGAUGAAGUUGGAAAGAACUUAUAUAAGUUGGUUGUACUUGGACAUCAUAGCAAAAUUGCCUAACCUUGAGGUGCUGAAGCUGAUGGGUGGUGCUUGUCGUGGCAAAGAAUGGUAUCCAAAUGUUAGGGGAUUUACUCAAUUGAAGCUUUUGUUAAUUGAAUAUAGUUUUCUCAAAUAUUGGAAAGCCACAAAUGACAACUUUCCUGCCCUUGAGCGCCUUGUGCUUAAAGAAUGCAGUUAUUUGGAAGAGAUACCCAUUGAGUUUGCAGAAAUCCCCACACUACAACUGAUUGAGUUAACAAGGUGUCUUUCCGAACUUGGGAAAUCUGCUGCAAGAAUUCAACAAGAACAAGAAGACCUCGGAAACAACCUGGAUGUUCGUAUCUCCCGUCCAUUUCAAAAUGGCCACUUAAAUAUGUUUUUGAGCAGUUUGGUUACUUUAGUUAAACUUUUGAAUAAUCAUCUUUUUGAUAUAUUAUCAAGUUUUCUGGUAAAAACUGCACAAGGAACAUUAGAGUCGAUGGAAUUGGUCGUGACAUCCAAUUCACCAGUGCAAUCUCCAAUUAGUGAACACAGUGAAGAACUUCUCGCUCUUCAUGAAAAAGUUUGA